AUGGACGUACCCUUUUAUCAAGCCGUUCCCGCACCUUCCGUAGAGAUUUCAGAGACUUCGCGAAUCGCCAGUGAUCUUACCGUAGACCCGACACAGUUGGAGCCCAGUCUACAAGAGUGGAGGUUCUUCUACCUCGAUCGAAUGAUAUUUGCCACUCAUGAAGUCCUUGACUCGCUCGAGGCAGGAGAGAUACUUCCUCCGACAACAGCCGCACAAAACACUUCUGCUCCACCGAAGCUGAACGUACGCCAGAAAGAAACGUUCUUCCUUUCAUCCCUCGAAGGUCCCAAAUUCACCUUCCACAAAACCUUCGCAGUCCCUGUCCUCCGGAAAGACUGUAGUGGCGGUGGUCUUUUGCGCUUCCUCGAGCGUGAGCCAUGGGCAGAUCUGCGUCCGGACAAGGUUGUUUGUUUGGGGUGUGGGUGCGACGUUAGUAUCCAGAAUCCGGCAAACUGGAUAUGCCAUCGGGAUUUAUGCGUGGGCAUUGAUAAUGCGAUGUCGAGGUCCGUUGUGGAUGCUUGGGAAGCCGAGAUUGCGGAGUCUGGCCUCAUCGAGAGUUGUUGA